CACGUCCGGCAGAGGGCGCGCUGUUCGCGCGUGCGCGGUGCACCGCCCCUGCGGAUACGCAGCCCGCCUCAGGCCAGCGCCUGAGACUGCGCAGUGUCCAUCAGGGGGCGUGCGACGCGAAUCCUGAGGGCGGCGGUCCCCACCAGAAACGAUCUCGAGACCUGCGUUUACACGCGUUUGAAUGGUGAGCCUUCCCCUUAAGCUGGAAAAAUGGCAGUGUUCAAGAAAUUAAAACUUCUUCUCUGGAAGAAUUUCAUCUUAAAGUUCUAGGCUUUCCUUCAGAGUCUUCAUUUGAAAGUUACAUAAUUAAUGAUCCCAAAGCUUUCUACAUAUUGGUAGGAAUUGUUUUUUGAUCAUAACUUCAAUGACAGCAAGGAACCUUUGCCACUUGCGGUUAAGUAUAACUUGCGCUUCAGUUAUAUUCAGAGGAACUUUGCAUCAUUGAAGCAUAUGUUUUUUAAAGAGGACUUAGAAGGCUGGUGUACAUCCUUUCUUUAUCCUCCUAACCUAAGCCAAGAACCCCGGGAAUUUGCAUUUACCGAUGGUGGAAUCCCUGGAUACUACAAAGAAGGCUUCCUGGGCAUACAGCAUGCUGUGGACAAAGCCAUCAUGCAGCACCAUACUCACAACGCAUCAGCUGACAUGUUUGAGAGAGUCAGUGUGCUCUUGCAGAGGUUCCCACAUGGACCCCAUAUUCAGGACGGGUUCUUCCUGGUCCUUCAGAAUGAGUUUCCACUCUUCCUAAUGCUCAGCUUUAUCUGCAUUCAGCUCAUCAUCAUCAACACUGUCUUACUGGAGAAAGAGAGAAAACUGAAGGAGUAUAUGUAUAUGAUGGGAUUGAAUAGCUGGCUGCACUGGGUUGCUUGGUUCAUCAUGUUCUUCAUUUCUGUCUUCAUUGCUGUUUCUAUCAUGACCAUUCUCUUCUGCACAAAGGUGGAAAAUGUGGCUGUGUUCAAGAAUAGUGAUCCUAGUCUGAUAUUUGUUUUUCUCAUGUGUUUUGCAAUUGCUACAAUUUUCUUUGCAUUCAUGAUCAGCACAUUCUUCCAAAGAGCACACGUUGGAACUGCCUCAGGAGGCAUCAUCUUCUUCUUCACCUACCUCCCGUACCUGUACCUCACUUUCAGCUACUACCAGAGGAGCUACUUUGAAAAGAUAACAUCUUGUCUCUUCUCAAAUGUUGCCAUGGCAAUGGGAGCCCGAUUCAUCUCCAUAUUUGAGGCAAAAGGCAUGGGCAUCCAGUGGAAGAACAUGGGCAGCGUCCGUGGGGAGUUUAGCUUCAUUCAGGUGAUGCUGAUGCUCCUGUUGGAUUCAUUAUUGUACUGUGUAAUAACCUGGUAUGUGGAAUCUGUCUUCCCAGGGAAAUUUGGAACACCCAAGCCUUGGUACUUCUUUGCCAUGCCCUCAUACUGGCAUGGGAAGCCUAUUCCAGGUACACAUGCACUACUGGACAUGGGUGAUCCUAAUGAAGCUCCAAAAACUGAGUUCAUGCAGGAAGAGCCAACUGAUCUGAUAAGAGGAAUUGAAAUCCAGCAUCUAUACAAGGUAUUUCACAGGGGAAGGAAUGCACACAUAGCAGUCAAAGAUCUGAGCAUGAAUCUGUACAGGGGGCAGAUCACUGUUCUUCUGGGACACAACGGAGCAGGAAAAACGACCACCUGCUCCAUGCUCACAGGUCUUAUUUCCCCUUCAAGUGGACAGGCAUAUGUCAAUGGAUAUGAGAUUUCAAAAGACAUGGUUCAAAUCAGGAAGAACAUAGGCUGGUGCCCCCAACACGAUAUUUUAUUUGACAACUUCACAGUAGCAGAACAUCUUUCUUUUUAUGCUCAGCUGAAAGGCCUGUCUCAGCAGAAGUGCCCUGAAGAAGUCAAGCAGAUGCUGCACAUCCUCAAUCUGGAGGACAAGCGCAACUUGCUGUGCAGGUUCCUGAGUGGGGGCAUGAAGCGCAAGCUGUCCGUCGGCAUCGCCCUCAUAGCGGGCUCCAAGGUGCUGAUCCUGGACGAGCCCACCUCAGGCAUGGACGCCAUCUCCAGGAGGGCCAUCUGGGACCUUCUUCAGCAGCAGAAGAGUGACCGCACCAUCCUGCUGACCACCCACUUCAUGGACGAGGCCGACCUGCUGGGGGACCGCAUCGCCAUCAUGGCCAAGGGGGAGCUGCAGUGCUGUGGGUCAUCGCUGUUCCUCAAGCAGAAAUAUGGUGCAGGAUACUAUAUGACUUUACUGAAAAAUCCUUACUGUGACAAAGAGAAGCUUUCUCGUCUUAUUUAUCAUCACAUACCAAAUGCAGUUUUGGAAUCCAGCAUUGGAGAAGAAUUAAUAUAUAUACUUCCUAAAGAGCACAUUCACAGGUUUGAAUCUCUAUUUACUGACCUGGAAAUGAAGCAGAUAGAGUUGGGAAUCACCAGCUUUGGGGCUUCUGUCACUACUAUGGAGGAAGUGUUCAUUAGGGUUUGUAUGUUGGCAGACUGCAGUACAGAUAUGUCAGCCAAGAAGCGACCCUCUGUUAGUCCCCGUUCCCUGAUUAGCAGAGUUCCUGUUGAAAGAAUUAAAUAUCUUCAUUCAAGGAUCUUUUCAGUACAGACUGGUCUGCCAAUCACACUAAACACUGGAUUCAGUCUUCUCUGCCAACAAUUCUACGCCAUGUUCCUGAAAAGGGUCACAUAUUCUCGGCGCAACUGGAUGGUGAUGUUAUCUGUACAGAUCUUGGUGCCUCUGGUGAUCAUUUUAUUAAGCCUCACAUUCUUCAACUUUAAAAUGCAGACCAUGGGAAGUGUUCCCUUGCAGCUGACUCUAAAUACAUACGGUCAGACUAUCGUUCCAUUCUUUGUUUCUCAGAAUUUCAGACUGGAUCCUCAACUUUCAGAUCAUUUUGCAGAUAUGCUUGUUGCUCAGGGACAGAUUCCUCUGGAGGUCCCAGGUCCUGUAGAGGAGUUUCUAUUGAAAAAGGCAGAAGAGGAACCUGAGGGCUUCGAUAGGCUCUAUGUGGUAGCAGCUUCCUUUGAAGACACAGAUGACCACACCAUAGUGAGAGGACUGUUCAACAACCAGGCAUACCAUUCCCCUGCCCUGGCUCUGACUCUGGUGGACAAUUAUCUCUUCAAGUUGCUUUCUGGUUCCAGGGCUUCCAUUACUGUUUCUAACCACCCUCAACCUCAGACAGCCAUGGAGCUCUCAGAGAAUGUCUUAUACCAGGGCCCUAAAGGACAUUAUCUUGUUAUCAACUUGCUUUUUGGAGUAGCUUUUCUAUCUAGCUCCUUUUCCAUGUUGACGGUCAGAGAGAGGCGCAUUAAGGCCAAGCACAUCCAGUUCAUAAGUGGAGUUUACAUGGCUGCUUUCUGGUUCUCUGCUAUGCUGUGGGAUCUCAUUUCCUUCCUUGUCUCUACUCUGUUGCUGAUAGUGGUGUUUUUAUACUACAAGGAAGAAGCUUUUGCACACCAUGAGAACACACUGGCUGUGAUCUUGAUGUUGAUGCUCUACAGCUGGGCUAUCAUCCCUUUCAUCUACACCAUCAGCUUCUCCUUCGACAGUGCUGGUAAUGCCUGUGCUAAACUUGUCAUCAUGCUCAUCUUCCUAAGCAUUGGCCCCAUUGUGCUUGUCUCAGUCACAGGUGAACAAGAGUUGGGCUACACAGAAAUCUCCAAGUCCUUGGAUCAUACAUUUCUAAUACUUCCAGGACACUGUCUGGGGAUGGCUUUUUCCAACUUGUACUACAACUUUGAACUACAAAAUUUUUGCAAUGCCAAGAACCUGAGCCACAUGGAAUGUGAAGAAGUUUCAGAAGGACAUGUGAUUCAAAAGAACAUCUAUGCCUGGGAGUCCCUUGGGAUAGGGAAGUACCUGGCAGCCUUGGCUAUCUCAGGACCUGUGUACAUCAUCCUGCUUUUUCUUGUUGAAACCAAGGUGUUCAGGAGACUGAAAGCGAGACUUUCUAACUUCUUCCUGAAGCAAAAGUUGGCAGGGUUGCUCAAGUCAGCAUCAGUGCCUGAAGACCAAGAUGUAGAAGAAGAGGCAAAAACCAUCAAGAAUUAUUUGGAAACAUUGCGAAAGACAAAUCCACUAGUUGUUAAAGAAGUGUCAAAGGUCUACAACAAGAAGGUACCCCUGCUGGCUGUGAACAAGGUGUCCUUCACUGUUCAAGCUAAAGAAUGUUUUGGCCUUCUUGGUAUCAAUGGAGCUGGAAAGACUUCCGUUUUCAAAAUGCUGACAGGACAGAAGUCCAUCACCAGUGGGAAUGCAUUUGUUAGGGGUCUUAGCAUCAGCUCUGACCUAGGGAAGGUCCGGCAGUGGAUCGGGUACUGUCCUCAGUUUGAUGCCCUGCUGAGCUUCAUGACGGGCCGAGAGACGCUGGUCAUGUAUGCCCGGAUCCGGGGCAUCCCGGAACGCCACAUCCGUUCCUGUGUGGAGCAGAUUCUUGAAGACUUAGUCAUGUUCAUGUAUGCAGACAAGCUGGUAAAGACUUACAGCGGUGGUAACAAGCGAAAACUCAGCACCGCUAUCGCCCUCAUCGGAGAUCCUGCGGUCAUCUUCCUGGAUGAGCCGUCCACUGGCAUGGACCCUGUGGCCCGGCGCCUGCUCUGGGACACCGUGGCCCGGGCCCGCGAGUCUGGCAAGGCCAUUGUCAUCACCUCCCACAGCAUGGAGGAGUGUGAGGCCUUGUGCACCCGGCUGGCCAUCAUGGUGCAGGGUCAGUUCAAGUGCCUGGGAAGCCCACAGCACCUCAAGAGCAAGUUUGGCAGCGGCUACUCUCUGCGGGUCAAAGUCCGAAGUGAAGGGCAGCAGGAAGCACUGAAGGAGUUCAAGGCGUUUGUGGACCUGACUUUUCCAGGCAGUGUCUUAGAAGAUGAGCACCAAGGCAUGGUCCACUACCACCUGCCUGGCGGCGACCUCAGCUGGGGAAAGGUGUUUGGCAUUCUGGAGCAAGCCAAGAAGAAGUACUCAUUGGAGGACUACUCGGUCAACCAGGUCUCCCUGGAGGACAUCUUCCUGAACUUCGCCAGCCCUGUGCCCCCUACUCAAGGAGCAAUCCAACAAGAGCAAGCAGAGCCAGCCCACUCUUCAUCUCCCGCACUGCCUCCCCGUCAGCCUCCCUCACCUCCUCCUCCUAAGCCUCCUUCACCGUAUCCCUCUCAGCCUCUCUUGCCUUCGUUGUCUCCUCCUUCUCAGCCUCCCCCCCAGCCUCCCUCACCUCCCUCUCACUUGCCCUCACUGGCUCCCUCAGAGCCAGUCCUAUAAUAAAGAUCCUAGUUUGCCUUA